AUGGAAUUCGCGGACUACGUCGAAGUUCAAAACACUAAAAAAUUCCUGUACUUUGCUCUUCUGAUUAUAUCAAUGGUAUAUUCAUUGACAUGUAUUGGUGUGUUUUUUUGUACGAAUCAUUGGACUUUAAAUUUGUUUGUCAUUUAUCUACUUCUAGCAAAUGUCUGUGCUCUUUACCGGUCAUCCACACUAGAACCUGGCUUUCUGCCCACACGAAGUGUUCCUACAUUUGACUUGCAGCCCAUCGUUUUGAAGAAUGAUAUUAGCAUUGUACCCGAUGUUCUCAAUACUUCAAGAAUCAUAUCCUUUACCAACGAACCAGGGAAUAGGUCAACGUACAUCCAAAAAUACUGUCUAUCGUGCAAUAUUUUUAGACCAAUCAAAACCAGCCAUUGUGCAGAUUGUGGAUACUGUGUUUUGGAAAAGGACCACCACUGUCUUUGGCUUAAUAACUGCAUUGGAAGAAACAAUCAUGUCUUUUUCCUUGGAUUUGUGUAUACAUUCAUUGGUCUGUUAAUCUAUAUUAACAUUUCUCUCCAUCAUCUGUCAAAGGCAUAUCCAAAUUUACUCUGUGGAUUUGCUUUUCAUAUCCCUCAGGGCACUUGUUGCUGCAUUUUCUCUUUUGAUCGUAAUCUUUGGCGCAUAUCACACCCUGCUCUGGGCUCUCAAUAUCACAUCACGAGAGUUUCUAAACUCCAAGGGCAGGAUACCCCUGGUGUUUGA